UCGGCACCGCCUGCUUCCGUCUUCCGGCGCCCCGCCUCGGGCUCCAGCAUGGCUCCCCUGCGCUUUUCGGCCAACCUGUCCUGGCUGUUCUCGGAGCUCCCCGGGCUCCCCGCUCGGCUGCAGGCGGCCGGCCGCUCGGGCUUCGAGGCAGCCGAGGUGGCCUGGCCGUACGCGGAGCCGCCCGAGGAGCUGGCGCGGGAGGCGCGGGCCGCGGGGCUGCAGCUGGUGCUGAUCAACACGCCCCCGGGAGACCGAGAGAAGGGGGAGAUGGGGCUGGGGGCCGUCCCCGGGAGACAGGCGGCCUUCCGAGAGGGGCUCGAGCAGGCGGUGCGGUACGCCAAGGCUCUGGGCUGUCGCAGGAUUCACCUGAUGGCUGGCCGAGUGCCCCGAGGGGCUGACCGAGCAGCAGUUAGGGGUGAGAUGGAGGCAGUUUUUCUGGAGAACCUGAGGCAUGCAGCUGGGGUUCUGGCCCAGGAGGACCUCAUGGGACUGCUGGAGCCCAUUAACACACGCAUCACAGACCCCCAGUACUUCCUGGACACACCCCAGCAGGCGGCAGCCAUUUUGCAGAAGGUUGGAAGACCCAAUCUCCAAUUACAAAUGGACAUAUUCCACUGGCAGAUCAUGGAUGGGAACCUGACGGGAAACAUCCGGGAGUUCCUGCCUAUUGUCGGGCAUGUGCAGGUGGCACAGGUCCCAGACCGAGGGGAGCCAGACAGCUCUGGAGAGCUGGACUUCUCCUACCUGUUCCAGCUGCUGGAAGAUGAAGGCUACCAAGGCUUUGUGGGCUGCGAGUAUCAACCUCGAGGAGACACCGUGGAGGGUCUGAGUUGGCUGCGUUCAUAUUGGGACAGACGGGGCCACCCACGGGCUAGCCAGUAAGGUUCUGCAUACCACCUGCUGCUGCUAUGGGGCAGUGAAUGAGUGUCCUUAGGCGUCUCCUCUGAAUUAAAAUCAACACACUUAGCA